AUGGACACCGGGGCCGUUCCGAGCCCGCUGCUGCAGGUUGUGCAGAAGCGGCUGCGCAACCUCAACAAGCGCCUGGAGAAGAUUCAGGAGACGGAGACGAAGAUUUCUCGCGGGGAGAAGGUGAAUGCAGACCAGGUCGCGGCAGUGACGCAGAAGGCCGAGCUGCAGCUCCUGCAGUCCGAGCUCGAGCGCGUCCUCUCCGCGAUGAAGGACGCCCUCCCCCAGGACCUCGCGCGCGUGGACCAGAUCGCGGACCAGGCCCGGCAGGAGGAGCGCGCGGCCGCUGAGAAGGAAGCGAAACGCGCCAGGGCAGCCGCGGACGACAAGGCCGCCAAGGACCGCGCCAAGCUCACGGAGAAGCUGCAGCGCGAGCGCGAGGCGGCCGUCGAGGAGGCCCGCGCGCAGGAGCGCAAGAAGGCCGAGCGCGCCGCCAAGGGCGCCGCCAAGGACGCCGAGGAGGCGCGGAAGAAGGCCGACGACGCGCAGAAGAAGGCCGUCGAGGAGGCCGUCGCGGCGGUGGUCGAGCUCCUUGUGGCGGGCGACCUGCUGGACGUGCAGCCGCCGCACACGUCCGAGGACGUGGCGCUGAAGCACCUCGAGCGCUUCAAGGCGCACCGGAAGCUCUGGGAGGCCGCGCAGGCCGCGGGGACCCCCCCUCCCGCGGCGCCGCAGGACCAGGACGUGGAGCUGGUGGUGCAGGCGGCGCGCGCGGCGCGGUGGCGGCCGCUCCCGGCCGUCGCGUCGUACCAGGAACUCAUGGACGCGUGCAGGGACUUUGCGGUCGCCUACGCGACGGCCGCGGACGACGCUGAGCUCCCCGCGUCUGCGGCGCUGCCGGCCAAGACGGCGGGCGACCUGCGCGCGCGCGUGAAGGCGGUGCUGGAGUCCACCGCGCUGCUCGAGCAGGCGCCCAACCUGCAGAUGGCGAUCCAGAUGCAGAUGCAGAUGCCGCCGCCGCCCAUGAUGGCGCCCAUGCCGCCGCCGCCUGCGGGCAAGGCCGCCUCCCCGAACGGGCAGGGCGACGCCGCGGGGGAGCACGCGUACCCGAGCAUCCCGCCGCCGCCGCCCGCGGUGCCGGCGCCGAUGCACGCGCCCCCGCCGCCCCCGCCUGCCACGGGGUCCCUGCUGACGCCGGUGCCACCCCCGAACGCCGCGUACGCGCCCGUCCCGCCGCCGGCGCCCGCGCCUGGGCCGUACCUGCCGCCGCACCAGCAGGCACAGCAGCAGGCGUCGGUGCCGGCGCAGGCCGGCGCGCAGCCGCAGCAGGCCGGGGCGGGCCGCCCUCCGCUGGGGGGCGCCCUCGCCCCGCAGCAGGACCAGCGCCCGACGGACGGGCCGAACGGCGCGGGCGUGAACGGCCGCGGCCCGUCGCCGGCGCGGGGCCCGUCGCCCGGGCCUGUGUCGGAGGGCGACCGCAUGCAGGCGGCGGUGCAGGUGGCGACGGUGUUCCCGCCGGCGGGGCCCGCGCAGGCGGAGCCGGUCACGCAGGCGGAGCAGCCGGCGGGCGACGAGGCGGACGGCGCCGGUGCGGGCCGCGGGCGUGGCAAGGCCGGCGGGGCCGGGCGGUGGGGCAGCGGUGGGUUUGGCAACAGCCGCGACAGCCAGGCGAACGGGAGCCGCGGCAACAUCCGGCAGAGCAACCACGCGGGCGGCUGGGGGCAGAACAACGGCGGGUGGGGCCAGAACGGCGCGGGGUACGCGUCCGGCGCGAGCAAGGGCCAGCGCACCAACGGCGACGGUGCGUGGCGGUCGUCGUACGAGAAGCAGCCCGGGGGCUCGGGGUCGUGGGGCUCGGGACGCCGCGGGCGCCGCAACGACGGCCAGUCGUGGGGGUCGCGGAACGAGCGCAGCAACAACAACGGCAGCAGCUACCUGACUCAGCAGCAGCAGGCCCAGCAGCAGCAGAUGUACGGGUACGGCGCGUACGGAUACGGCACGUACGACCCGUCCACGAUGGACCCGAGCAUGUACGCGGACAUGGCGGCGUACACCAACAUGGGCUUCGCCGGCUCCGACAUGGCCGCCCUGCACUGA